CGGCCGGGAGAGCGUCGGGCGGGGAGGCGCUUGGCCGCUCCCGGACUUCGCCCCGAUCUGGGAGGUCCGGCCGCGUCGCCCGGGGGGUCUCUUGCCAGAUUCCCGCCCCGGAUCUGGCUUGGGGACCGGCGGGUGUCCGUCUCCUCCCUAUCCCGAGCGGCGCGAGGUUCUGCUGCUGUUGCCCUGCAAGGACCCCCCCACUCACCCACCCUUUGGUCCCAAGGGAUGUGUGGCUUGGCUCCUGGGAUAAGCUGGCUUCCAGGAGAAGAUGACUCAGAGCCACGUGGGCAUCAACAGGGACUAUGGCGACUGGGAGUGGAGCGCCGACGCGGGCGAGCGGGCCAGGCUGCUGCAGAGCCCCAGUGUGGAGGAGCGCCGGCCUGCCACCACCUCCAUGCUGGGCGCCGUCUUCAUUGUUGUCAACGCCGCGCUGGGUGCGGGCCUGCUUAACUUCCCGGCGGCCUUCCAGAUGGCCGGUGGAGUGGGAGCUGGAAUCGCCAUGCAGAUGGGGCUGCUGCUUUUCAUUAUUGGAGGACUGGUCAUCCUGGCCUACUGCUCCCAGGCCAGUAACGAACGCACUUACCAGGAAGUGGUGUGGGCUGUCUGUGGCCGAGUCCUGGGCGUGCUGUGUGAGGUGGCCAUCGUGGUCUACACCUUUGGCACCUGCAUUGCCUUCCUCAUUAUCAUCGGGGAUCAGCAGGACAAGAUAAUUCCAGUGCUGAUAAAGAGCUGCGCCAGAGAAGGGAAGAGCUGCUGGUUCACGGAUCGCAAAUUCACAAUCAGCCUGACGGCCAUUCUCUUCAUCCUCCCCCUGUCCAUCCCCAAAGAAAUUGGCUUCCAGAAAUACGCCAGCUGCCUGAGUGUGAUCGGGACCUGGUACGUCACAAUUGUCGUCAUUGUAAAGUAUUUUUGGCCUGAUCAAGGGAUCUCCCCAGAGGCAAUCACAACUAGCCCUUCUUCCUGGGUGUCUGUCUUCAACGCCAUGCCCACCAUAUGCUUCGGUUUCCAGUGCCACGUCAGCAGCGUGCCCAUCUUCAACAGCAUGAAGUGCCCGCAGGUAAGGUCCUGGGGAGUCGUCGUGACAGCAGCCAUGGUCAUCGCCCUGUUUGUCUACAUGGGCACAGGCGUCUGUGGCUUCCUGACCUUCGGUGAGAAUGUGCAGCAGGAUGUGCUGCUCUCCUACCCCUCAGACGACAUCCCAGUGGCCUUCGCCCGGGCCUUCAUCAUCCUCUCUGUCCUGACCUCCUACCCCAUCUUACACUUCUGCGGCAGAACCGUCCUGGAAGGUCUCUGGUUGCGCUACAAAGGGGAAAGCAUGGAGGAAGACGUGACUCGGGAGAGACGCCGACGCCUCUUGCAGACCUUCUGCUGGUUCCUCCUCACCCUCCUGCUGGCCUUGUUCAUUCCGGACAUCGGCAGAGUCAUCUCGGUCAUCGGGGGGCUGGCCGCCUGCUUCAUCUUUGUCUUCCCAGGCCUCUGCCUCAUCCACACCAAGCUUUCCGAGGUUCAGGGAGCUGGAGGAGUGAGCUGGUGGAUGGUGGUCGGCUAUGGGAUGUUCAUGGUUGUCCUUGGCGCUUUCAUCUUUGGACAGACGACGGCCAAUGCCAUCUCCAUGGAUCUCAGGAAGUGAUCCACCUGUGUACUUCUCUGGAUCUAGGCAGUCCCAUGUGGACCUCCAAGUAGCCCAACUGGAGCCCCAGUUUGGGGGAUGCCUCAGCGUUGACAAAACAUGACCCUCCUCUUGUUUUCCUGGUCAGCUCUCUGGCUUCCGGUGGCUGUUGGGAGGAGGGCUGUUGGCUUUCACCUGUUGCCCCCCCCCCCCAAAAAAACCCAGAGUUCCCAUGGACUUCAGCCGCUGAGGAGGACGUCUCUCCAUUUAGCCAAGGAGCUCAAUUUCUCUGUGUGGACCAAGGAUGGAAUAAAGUGAAUGUAUUUGAUUGUAA